AUGGAUAAAAUAACUAAUGACCAAUCAACAACCACAACAACAACAACAACCACAACCACAACAAGCUCAUCAGUAACAACAAAUGAAAAUAAUCAAAAUCAAGAUAAAAAGAAAAGAAUAAGCAAAUCAGAGAUAAUAUCAAUACAGGAAUCCUCUAGUUUCCACCAUGGUAAAUGGUCCACUUCAAAGACAUUGGUGUAUCCAAAUAUUGAUCGACUUAUCAAUGACUGGUGUCCAAUCAAGUAUAUCGUAAAGUUACAACUCAACAAAAGAAUGUUUGAAUGGUUAAUGACGUUAGAGAAUGUCGAGACAUAUAUCUUUUCCACCGUUGAGAAGCUGCACAUUCAUUGGAAUAAAGUUACCAAUAAUUGGAAUGGAGUUACCUCUCAAAAGGUUAGUGUCACUAGUUUCGAGAUGAUGGCUCUUACCAUGCCAAAUCUGAGAUAUUUCAUUGCCAACAAAAUCAUGAUCAACGAACAUUUGAGAACUAUAGGAACAAUCAAUUCACUCAAGAAGAUAAAGAUCAUAGGAACAUGCCAAUUUUCUUUAUUUAAUCUCCUCGAUACUAUACCGACUCUGGAAGAGAUCACUUGUAGAUAUGUCGAAUAUGGUAUACUUAUACCAGAUUCACACAGAAAUAGGAUCAGAGAGUUGUCAAAUGUUAGUAUUAGAAGCUAUUCUAUUUAUCACUUUGAUUUCCCAAAUUUGAAAAAGAUUGCUUUUUCACAAUAUUCAAGUACCGAUAUAUUCAAGCAUUUCAACGAAUCAACUUUCAACAUCACUCACAUUUCAGUAUUCUUGUUCCCCAAUCUGGAUAGCUGGUUUGAUGUCAUCAAUAGGUUACCUUGCAUCGUCAUUGUAGAAGAUCAAACUGAACAUUCGACACAGAGUACUGGUGAUAAAAUUAGUAUUUCUGAUUGA